UAGAUUGUUAUUGCCAGCAGCAGUAGCAGCUGGUUGACCUCGCACGACAAAUGUCUGGGCUCAUUUCUGUGGAAAGGAGUCCAAACCUGGAUCAGAAAUUACUCAAACAAUGGUCGAAUAAUGCAUCGGCGUCCCAAAGAACCGCUGCCACGAAUAAAAUGACACUUUGGCCACAGCGAUCGCCACCUGUUUCCCGCCUGUUGUUGCGAGCCGGUGUAGUGAUAAGCGGAGUUGCCUUUUUUUUCUUGUGUCUGACGUCAUUGCGUGUUUCACAGAGUCAGGAUACACAGCUCAAAAAGAUUCAUACCGUACUCCACCGACCCGUGUCGCAGGCAUGUGUUGGCGGAAAAUGCUUCUCACAAACCUCGAUGGACGAACAAUAUGCACAAUAUUUUAUUCCUAGAAAAGAAAAAGUGAAUCCUUUUCCGUUAAAAUAUGUAGUUCCAGGUUCAUCGAUAUGUUUAAAGGGAGCCCCCGUAUACUUGGUCAUUCUCGUGCCAUCUAUACAAACACACGUGGAAGAACGUCGUGCAAUACGUAAUUCAUGGGGAAGUGUUGCCAGGGGAAACCACUGGCCCCGGCAUCAUGUCAACACAACCGUUAAACUAGUGUUUUUGUUUGGUAAGGAUCCUGCCAUGAAAAACAACAGAGUUGCACAGUUAGAGAGCGAGAUGUACGGUGAUGUCGUGCAGGGAGAUUUUGUAGAUACGUAUGCAAACUUGACACGGAAGAUGCUGAUGGGUCUUAACUGGGUAUCGAGUUAUUGUACCGACGCUGAAUACGUACUGAAGGCGGACGAGGAUACCUUCGUACACAUCCCUAAACUCGUGAGCGUCCUGGCUAGAACGCGACACCCUGCCUACCGGGGAGUUGUACUAGGACACGUGAAUGUGGGCGGCAUUGUAAAACGUGUAGGGAGGUGGAAGGUGGAACAAGAAGAUUACCCGUUUCCACAUUACCCUCCAUACGUUUCCGGUAACACAUACGUCAUUUCCUCUAACAUCGCAGCGUCCUUAUUCAGGGCGUCAGAAUACUUCCCGUACAUCCCCAUUGAAGAUGCCUACAUCACGGGUAUUUUAGCUAAGGCGGUCACUGCGGAGGUUAUUGACGUGCCAGGGUUCACGUUCUACCUAGACAGACCGCCUCAUGCCUGUGAUUACCUACAGGACAGUCGAAUCUCCUCCACAAAAGUCAGCUCUCACUUGAAGAUCUAUAUAUGGGAAAAACUCCUGUCGAAUUCGCUCAAUUGUAAGAGAAAACUAUACACAGAAAAUGAGGAGACACAGUAAAGG